UUACCUUUACAGUGCCAUAAUAACAACAUUUAUGUCUUUCUAACCUAUAAAACAUAAGAAAUAAUAGCAAAAUGCUUAAUUCUAUCUUGCAAAUGGCUAUAAAUAAUUCGAUUAAAUUUACUGAAGUUUAAAAUGCAUGAUAGCGUUAGUGGUAUUUUAACAUUCGAGUUGUCCUAGGUUGGCUCGAUGUCUCGUAUUGCAAGAAAUCUUGAAUGUAGUCUUGUGGAGAUACCUUUGAAAACUUUUGUCAAAGAAGGAAACGAUGCUGCCAAGCCAGGCAAGAGGAGCAAUUUUAUACUUGAAUUUAAAGCGAAUGAAGCAAAAUUAGUGUACGAUGAAAUAGUAUCGCAAAAAAGUCAAAACAAUGCUGUAUUAUCGGGUUGUAAAAAAGCACCGUUAAAGAAACCAAAGGUAAAAGGUAUAGAUGGGAUCAAGAAUAUCGAUACAAAUGUAAAUAAUAUAAAUACUUUAUUUAAAGCAAUAGAAUCGGGUGAUUUUAAUUUUAUUAGCAAACAUUUUAGCUCUAAAAAUGUAAACAUUUCCGAUCAGUUUGGUUGGACGCCGUUAAUGGCUGCAGCUUAUUCAGGAGACGUAAGAAUAGUUGAGUUCUUACUAAAACUUAACGCUAAUGCAAAAGCAAUCGAUAAAUCAGGAUUUACAGCGGUUGAUUUAGCUGGAAAAAAGAAUUAUUUCGAUAUUGUUAAUUUGAUAAAGGAAUAUUUAUGUACAAAUAGAAGAAAGGAAAUUGUGGCUAGAAAUGAUAAAGUUUCUAAUGGCAAUGAAAAUGCUGACAAACGACUGAACCAAGAGGGCUUCUAUUGCAAUGUUUGUAAGCAUUAUUUUAUGGACUGCUCAAAAAAUAGGCACGAAUCAUCGACAUUACAUAUUUUCAAUGGCGAACCAAAAUUGAAAAAUACUUUUUAUGGAAUACCAAAGCAAAAUAAAGGUUAUCAAAUGCUGUUAAAUACAGGUUGGAAAGAAGAUGGUGGUUUGGGUCCAUCGGGCGAAGGUAAAAAGUAUCCGAUAAAAACUGUCUUAAAAAGAGAUCGCAAAGGCUUGGGCCAAUUGCACAAAAAGAUUGCCAAAAUAACACAUUUUAAUUCAAGAGAUAUAGAGGCUGUUAAAUUUGUUAAUAGAAAUAAAAAAAAAUUAUUGAAUAAAAAAGAAUGGGAAAGAGAAUUGAAAAAAGAAAUUGUAAAGACGAAGAUUCUAAGGCAAGCAUUGUCUUAAUGCAAUAUGU